UGAGAGAUUCAGUCAUUCUGCAGAGUUUCUGUUUAGUAACUUGUUUAGUAAAGUUUGUUUACUGAACAUCAACAUGUAGCUGAGAUCAGCAAACCUGAAUGUAGAAUCUGAUGAAUCUCAGCUUCUGAACUCCUGAGCGCAUGUGUUAACUGCAGCCUCGCAGCUCUCUGAAUGACAAGAUGAUGUCGGCCACACCCCCUUCUUCUCACAGCCCCGCCCCUCAGAAGGUGUGCCACUCCCAGACACAGACAGACAUCCUAAAGCCCCUACUCGGGGGGGCGGGGCACUGGAGUCAGGUGGCACGCCGGAGGCGGGUUCUAACCAAGGAUGGGCGGAGCAACGUCCGCAUCGAGCACGUGAGUGGGCGUGGCGCUCUGUACCUGCGUGACCCCUGGACCACCUUUGUGGACAUGCAGUGGAGGUACAAACUGGUUCUGUUCAGUGCCACGUUUGUGGGAACCUGGUUCACCUUCGGAAUGCUGUGGUACCUGCUGGCUUUGGUGCAUGGAGACCUGCUCGAGUUUGAUCCUCCAGCAAACCACAGUGUGUGUGUGAUGCAGAUGCAAACGCUGACCGCGGCCUUUCUCUUCUCGCUGGAGACUCAGACCACCAUCGGAUACGGAUACCGCUGCAUCACGGAGGAAUGUCCAUCUGCCAUCGUCCUGCUCAUCAUCCAGCUCCUCAUCACCACCGCCAUGGAGAUCUUCAUCACUGGAACCUUCCUUGCCAAGGUGGCUCGGCCGAAGAAGCGUGGCGGGACGAUUCGGUUCAGUCAGCAUGCUGUGAUAGCUAAUCACGACGGUCGACCGAGUCUCAUGAUACGAGUCGCCAACAUGCGCAAGAGUCUGCUGCUGGGCUGCCAGGUGACUGGGAAGCUUUUACAGCCGUGCGUCCCGAAGGAGGGCGAGACGGUGCGUUUGGACCAGAAGAACGUGACCUUCAGCGUGGACACGGCCAGCGAGAGCCCCUUCCUCAUCCUCCCGCUCACCUUCUACCACUUCAUCGACGAGCAGAGCCCGCUGCGCAGAUGGGCCGACAAGGGCGGAUGGACGGACCCGGAUCCGGCUGAUUUCGAGCUGCUGGUGAUGAUGAGCUCCACAGUGGAACCCACAUCAGCCACCUGUCAGGUGCGCACCUCCUACCUGCCCGACGAGAUCCUGUGGGGCUACGAGUUCCCCCCCAUCGUGUCUCUCUCUCCGAUGGGCAAAUACGUGGCGGAUCUCGCGUACUUCGACAAGGUGGUAAAAACCAAGACCCCGCCCCUUUGUAACCAGACCCCGCCCAGCGGCGCUGACGGUUGCCAUGGAGACGUGAGCGGCUCGGACCCGGAGAAGAUGCGGCUGGAGCAGAGCUACCGAGAGGACGAGAGACAGACGGAGGGCGGCACCGUUAGCGCGCGCAUCAGUAACGUGUGACUCACAAAAUAUUCAACAAGAAUGUCCUUCAAAUCAAACACUGAAAUCAUUAAUGCUGCAUGAACAGCAUCAGCCCAAUAAUAUGCAAAAAAAUAUUA